AUUUUUUUAUAUAUUGUUUCAAAUAUGAAGCAUGGGUGAUUUAGAAUCUUAUCAUUGUGCUUGGCUUGGGUGGGUGGCCUAGGAGCCAUUGUAUUAAGUUUAAGCGGGCGGAUUCUGAAGCCAAACUGGUGUUUGAUGACGUGUUGCUUUCCUCCCAUUCUAUUGGAUGGGCGGUUUAUUCAGAGAUGCAAGCAAGGAUGUUUGCAGUUUGUAAUACUCAAGCCCAUUUUAGUAGCAGUCACGUUAAUACUUUAUGCGAAAGGGAAAUAUCAUGAUGGAAAUUUCCGUCUAGACCAGUCAUAUCUUUAUCUGACCAUCAUCUAUACCAUAUCAUAUUUCAUUGGCCCUCUAUGCACUGGCCUUGUUUUAUGUAGCUUGCAGAGAUUUGCUUCAGCCAUUCAAUCUAGUUCCAAAGUUCAUAAUAAUCAAGUCCGUUGCUUUCCUGACCUAUUGGCAGGUCAUUUGGAAGCUAUAGCUCAUUAAUGGGCCUUUGGGCAAUCUCACUCUGUGAAAUUUUAAGGGUCGGUUCUUCAUUUUCAGGU